UCGAGUGCAAAUCCUGUGUAUGAGAAAUUCUAUCGACAGGUUGAUUCUGCUAAUGCUGGAAGAGUGUUAGCUUCCGACGCAGCUGUUUUCUUGAAAAAGUCUGGAUUGACAGAUUUGGUGCUUGGAAAGAUUUGGGACUUGGCUGAUACUGAUGGCAAAGGUAUCCUGAACAAACAGGAAUUUUUUGUGGCUUUACGACUUGUAGCAUGUGCACAGAAUGGAUUGGAUGUUUCCCUGAGUAGUCUUAAUUUGCCUGUUCCUCCACCGAGAUUUACUGAUACUAGUAGUCCUUUGCUACUGAGUGCAACAGCAUCAAGUGAUCUACCAUGGGCUGUUAAGCUGGAAGACAAGGCGAAGUACGAUGCUAUUUUUGACAGCCUAAAUCCUGUGAAUGGACUUUUGUCAGGUGAUAAGGUGAAACCUGUACUUCUUAACUCAAAACUGCCAGUGGAUAUUUUAGGACGGGUGUGGGAAUUGAGUGAUAUUGACCGUGAUGGAAUGUUGGAUCGAGAUGAGUUUGCAGUCGCCAUGUUUUUGGUGUACUGUGCUUUGGAGAAAGAACCAGUGCCAAUGUCCUUGCCUGCAGCUUUGGUGCCACCAUCCAAGAGAAAACCUCUUGGUGUUCCUGGAGCAAUGCCAUUAAUUCCAUCAGCAACAUCUACCAAAGAGUCUCAUCAGUCCUUACCACCUGUAGGCAUUUUAGCUGCCAAAACACCAUUAACGCAGUGGGUUGUGACGCCUGCAGACAAAAUUAAGUAUGACGAGAUCUUUGUGAAAACUGACAAGGACAUGGAUGGAUUUGUGUCAGGUGUGGAAGCCAGAGAACUAUUCCUGAAGACAGGACUACCUUCUGCUCUUCUUGCACAUAUCUGGGCUCUCUGUGACACAAAGGACUGUGGAAAGCUUUCAAAGGAACAGUUUGCUUUGGCUUUCUAUUUAAUUAAUCAGAAGUUAACAAAAGGCAUUGAUCCACCUCAGGCUCUGACUCCAGAAAUGAUUCCACCUUCAGACAGAGGUGUCACUUUACAGAAGAGUACUCAAGGACUGAAUUCAGUAGCAGAUUUUUCUGCAAUUAAAGAACUUGAUACAUUAAACAAUGAAAUAGUAGACCUGCAAAGGGAAAAGAAUAAUGUAGAGCAAGACCUGAAGGAGAAAGAAGAUACCAUCAAGCAGAGGACAAGUGAGGUCCAGGAUCUACAAGAUGAAGUAAAGCGGGAAAGCAGUAAUCUGCAAAAGCUGCAAGCUCAGAAACAGGAAGCGCAGGAAAUCCUUAACGAUCUCGACGAGCAGAAGGCCAAAUUGGAAGAGCAACUCAAUGACAUCAGGCAGAAGUGUGCAGAGGAAGCCCACUUGAUUGCCACGCUAAAGGCUGAAAUAACAAGCCAGGAAUCAAAGAUUUCAGCGUAUGAAGAUGAACUGACCAAAGCUCGAGAGGAGCUGAGUCGCCUGCAGCAAGAAACUGCAGAGCUUGAGCAUUGCAUAGAGUCUGGAAGAGCACAGCUGGGACCUCUUCAGCAACAUCUGCAGGAUUCACAACAGGAAAUCAAUUCAGUGCAGACAAAACUUCUUGAGCUGAAAGAAUUGGAAAAUAACCAGUUCAGUUGGCACUCUCAGCCGCGUAGUACGCUUGUUAAUGGAACCACGGAUCAUUCUAGUCUUAGCAACAGCAGCAGUGAGACUGCUAACCUUAAUGAGAAUGCUGAAAGGGAAAGUAUAGCAGAAGAAGAACAAACAAACAGUGUCUCUCCAGUAAGGAAUAGUCCUGAAACAACAGCCUCUGUUGUGGAAGAAGAGAAAGAGACCCCAACUGCAGCUAUUACCAAAAAAGAAGAUCCAUUUGAUGCUGAAUCUCAUCCAUUGCCUGAUCUAGCCUCUGAAGCCAGCUUAGAGUUUUUCCAGUCUGACCCUUUUGUUGGCAGUGAUCCCUUCAAAGAUGACCCAUUUGGCAAAAUUGAUCCUUUUGGUGGUGAUCCCUUCAAAGGCUCAGAUCCUUUUGCAGCUGACUGUUUUUUCAAACAAUCCUCCACUGAUCCUUUUGCAACUGCUGGCACUGAUCCAUUUAGCACUGCAGACAACAGUAAUAAUAUCACAACAGAGAUAUCGAAGAAGAAUGACCCUUUUGCUCCUGGUGGAACAACCGUUACUACAUCAAAUGAUCCAGCUACAGACCCUUUUGCGUCUCUGUUUGGAAACGAAUCCUUUGGAGGUGGCUUUGCUGACUUUAGCACGCUGUCAAAGGCCAAUAACGAAGAUCCCUUUAGCUCUUCCGUAUCAGGUUCUGUCAACAGUGUGGUCAUAACUAAAAACUUAUUUGAGGAGCCACCAGCUAAAAAUGAGGAUGUUCCUCCUGCACUGCCCCCUAAAACAGGAACUCCUACAAGGCCCUGUCCACCACCACCUGGGAAAAGACCUAUCAAUCAAAUAGACUCUUCAGAUUCCUUUAAACCGAGCGAUCCAUUUCAGCCUUUCCCCACCCCAGACAUUCCCAAAGAACAAGAAGCAGAUCUAUUCUGUGAUCCAUUUGCUCCCACCAGCAUCAGUAAAGAGGCUGACCCCAACAAUUUUGCAAACUUCAGUACUGUGAUGUCUCUUUAUAACCAAAAUCCAUUUCAUAGAAGUCGUGGUGUGCAAGCAGUAGAAGCAAAUCUCAAGUAUUCUACUGAGGAAGACAUGAUUGAAUGGGCUAAGAGGGAAAGUGAGAGAGAAGAGAAAGAAAGAUUGGCGAGACUAAAACAGCAAGAGCAAGAAGACUUGGAACUGGCUAUUGCACUCAGUAAAUCUGAAAUAUCAGAAGCAUGAAGUUUAGAAUAAGAUUUUUGUCCUGCAUCAACUGUUUUGUCCCUUUUCCUGAAUACCUAACCUAUUAAAAUGUUAAUCAGAAAAUACAUAUAUACCAGAAAGGUUUUAAAUUUCUGAAAGUGGUGUGAAUGUUUCUGCUAAAUUCAGUCCUUUUAGUUGUUUGAAUAACUGUUAAGUUUAGCAUUCAAUUUCUCUCAAGUUUUCAGGAGAACAAAGUACUUUUUCCAGCUGUGAGCAAAUCAGUUUAAAAUACAAAUAGUGUGAUUGUAGUUUGACUGUAAUCUGUCAGCAUUUGGUAAUUGAGCAUAAAGCGAACAGAGCAAUUAUUCUGCCGUGGCUGACUGUCUCCCUUCAAGCAGUUAGUCAGUCACUUGAAACCUUUCAUCCUUUUAAAGAGAUUUUAGUAAUGCCAGAGUUGUGGAGUGCUUUAUUUUAUAUAUAUGCGUAUGGAUUUUUCUCUUCAUUGAAGAUUCUACGUUUGGCUUUGAAAUAGCAAUCUUCAUGGAGUCCAAGUCAGAAAGAGUGCAUCCUUCUGAAACCUUUAAUGCUUUUCUCGCAUGGUCGUGGGUUUUAAGACAGACCUGUUAUUUUGUUUUAUGAAGCAAGUAGGUUGAAAAUUCAUGUGCGUUUGCUGUUGGCCAAGAUGACCGUCAAACUAUGAGACCCCACUGCUAUUUGAGC